UUUCCAUCAACCCGCCCACCUCCGCUCUCUGUCUGCUUCUCUGGGCGACAGUUUCUCUCCAUUUCGGUCUGUGUCUCCACCUCACUCCGCGGCUCAGAGAGACGGGGCUCCACAGCCGCCGAGUCCUGCCGGCUUUAUUCCAACACCUGCUCCUCGAGUCGGAUACAUGGAGACAACCUGAGCGUAAAAAACAAUUUUUUUUUCUUCUUCUUCUUCUUCUUCUUCUUCUUCUUCGCGCGCGUCUUUGGUUGUCUUUCUCAAGAAACUACCAGAACAUCUGUUGAUUUCCGGCGGACCUGUGGAUCAUCGUUUCAGGGCCGUAGGAGAUGGACGAGAACGGGACGUUGGAGGACAACGAUGCAUUGUGGGAGAAGGUGGAGUGCAAGCGCUACCAGCUGUGUCGCAACAUCACUCCGGCGAAGCUCACCCCGUACCUCCGUCAGUGCAAAGUGCUGGACGAGCAGGACGAGGACGAGAUCCUCAACUCCCCGCUGCUCCAGACAAAAGCGAACCGCACGAGUCGUCUGCUGGACAUCCUCCGCACCAAAGGGGAGAGGGGAUAUGGGGCGUUUUUGGAGAGUCUGGAGUUUUACUACCCUGAACUUUACAAGUCGGUCACAGGGAAAGACCCAACGAGACGAUUCUCCACCAUCGUAGUGGAGGAGGGUCAGGAGGGUUUGACCCAGUUCCUCAUGAAUGAAGUGAUGAAGCUGCAGAAGAACACCAAAGUCAAAACCCUGCAGAACACAGAGCUCAGCAGAAAGACCCGCACGCUGGAGGACGAGUACAAGAAGCUUCGCUUGGCUAAUCAGGAGCUUCAAGCCUUUCAGCAGAGAUAUAACAAACUGAGAGAGGAGCGGAACACCUUCAGCGACGAGCUGCUGAGGGUGAAGGAUGAAAACUACAAACUGGCCAUGAGGUACGCCACGCUGAGCGAGGAGAAGAACAUGGCCGUGAUGAGGAGCCGAGACCUGCAGCUUGAGAUCGACCAGCUGAAGCACACGCUGAACAAAGUGGAGGAGGAGUGCAAGAUGGAGAGGAGGCAGAGUCUCAAGCUGAAGAAUGACAUCGAGAACCGACCCAAGAGAGAGCAGAUCUUCGAGCUGGAGAGGGAAAACGAAAUGCUCAAGAUCAAGCUGCAGGAACUUCAGUCCAUCAUACAGCCUGGCCCCUUGCCUGCGUCAGACAAGGCCAUCCUCGACAUUUUGGAGCAUGACAGACAGGAAGCUCUGGAGGACAGACAGGAUCUGGUCAACCGCCUUUACAACCUCCAUGAAGAAGUUCGACAGGCGGAGGAACUACGAGAUAAGUACCUGGAGGAGAAGGAGGAGCUGGAGCUGAAGUGCUCCACCGUUCAGAAGGACUGCGAGAUGUACCGCAACCGCAUAGACACCAUCUCCGCCCAGCUGGAUGAGGUGGAGAAGGAGAGGGACCAGGCGUUUCGGGCCAGAGAUGAGGCCCAGCACCAGUUCUCUCAGAGCCUCGUCGACAAAGACAAAUACCGUAAGCAGAUCAGGGAGCUGGAGGAGAAGAGCGACGAGCUCCACAUUGAGAUCGUCCGCAAGGAAGCCAAGCUGGUGGCGCUGGAAAGUCGCCUGCGACGGAUGUCCAAGGACAUUCCUCUGGACCAGAGUUUGCCGAGGGACAUGCCGCUGCCCAUCAUCUCUCAUGCGGCCGAGGAUAAACAGUGUUGGUCCAGCGACGAGUCGCACGAGGAGAAGUGCCCGUCGGACGAGCCGCGACUCAAACGCAGGCCAAACCUUAAAGCGGGGCUCCGAUGUAAGUCUCCAGUGUUGGGGCUCAGAGACAGUCCGAUCACCUCAGACGCCAGCCAUCGUACAGUCAACGGAGAUUUCCUAGAGAUUCAGACGCCAAACGUCAACGGCAACAACAACUCUCUCCCUCCGUCGCCCAGUUUCCCAGUUUCCCCCACGUUGCCAGGGCCCUCUGCUCCGUCAUCCCUACCAAACAUCUACCCCUUGGAGCAGUGCAGGCAAAAUAUGCUCCGUUUCCGUAACGACAGCAUCAUGUCCAUCGUCCCGGAGCCUCCUGAGAAGGCGUCGCUGUACAGACGAGAGAGGGAAAAAGAAAACGACUUCCCGCUCCGCAGCCUCUCCGACUUUGAUAGCGACAACAUGGAAAUGGAGUAUGAAGAUGGUCCUAACUCUGUGAUCUCGUCGUCGUCCUCCCACCAAUCGGAGGGAAUGGACACGUAUGAUCUGGAGCAGGUCAACAAUAUCUUCAGGAAGUUCUCUUUGGAGAGGCCGUUUCGCCCGUCUUUGUCCUCCUUCUCCAGAAUCAGCUCCACCAUCAAGCCGGUGCAGGAGGUGGCGCUGCAAGGCGACAACCUCUUGAAGGACGUCACGCUGGUCGGUGGCAACGAGAGCGGGAUUUUCAUCUCGUCGGUUCAGGCUGGGUCCAACGCCGAGAGAGCAGGGCUGCGAGAAGGCCACCUCCUCUUGCUGCUUGAGGGAUCCGUAAGAGGGGAAAGCCAGAGCCUUCCACUGGAUACCAGCACUCAGGAAGAAGCCCACUGGACGUUGCAGCACUGCUCUGGACCAAUCAAGCUGCACUAUCGAGCCAGUUUUGACUCUUAUCGUCGGCUCCAGAGCAACCUGUCCGACGGCACGCUGGCGUCUGGAGACUCCUUCUACAUCCGAGUCAACCUGAACAUCUGUGGACAGUCGGACAGCUGCUCCCUGAGCGUGCGCUGCGACGAGGUGGUGCACGUUCUGGACACCAGGCACCAGGGCCGCUGCGAGUGGCUGUGCGCCCGCAUCGACCCCUACAGUGGAACGGACCUGGCCGAGCGCGGCACCAUACCCAGCAACUCGCGAGCUCAGCAGCUGCUGCUGGUAAAGAUUCAGAAGUUCGUCUGUCGAGGAGGGAAGGAAGAAAAUGAAGGCCAACGCACCAGCAGGGCGAGCAGUUUACAGCCAGAAGAGGCCGGCUCCCCUCCCGAUCUUAAGGCCAGCCCUCGUUUGUCCAGAGCCAGUAUCUUCCUCAAUCAGAUCCUGCAGUUUGUCAGCAGGGUGGAUAUCAAGUACAAGCGUCUGAACAGCAACGAGCGCGUGAGGAUCAUCAACACUGGCAGUGCAACACUAGCAAGACAAAGCUUCGAGGUGCUCAGGCAAGAAGACGCUGCUGACCCCGACAACGAACUGAGCAGAAGUUUGAACCUGAUCCCUUACAGUCCCGUCACGCCUCAGCGGACCCAAAAGCGAAGACCGGUUCUCUUCACUCCGGCCGCACUGGCCAAAACCAUCAUCCAGAAAAUACUGAACAUGGGCGCAGCCAUGGACUUUAACAUCUGCAAACCGGAUACCCUGACUAAGGAGGAGUUUCGUCUGAAACAGAUCGUGGAGCCCUUCAUUCACUACAAGGAGAAGCAGGCCACAUUCGAAUGCAUCACCCAGGAAAUCAUCGAAGCUGUCGCUGCCAAGGGUAAACACUGCCUGCUGGAGGCCGAGCUGAGCUGUGUCAAGGACCUUCUACGGAGCGAAAUCUACCCCAUUAUCGUUUAUGUCAAGAUCUGUGAGAAAAAUGUCAAGAAGCUAAGGAAGCUGCCUCUGCGCGUGGAGUCAGAGGAGGACUUUGUGAGGUUGUGUCGGGCGAAAGAGAAGGAGCUGGAGACCAUCCCUUGCCUGUACGCCACCCUGGAGCCCGACUCCUGGACGGGGAUGGAGGACCUGGUAAGGGUCAUCAAGGACAGAAUUUUGGAGGAGCAGAAGAAGACGAUCUGGGUGGAGCAGGACCUGCUGUAGGCCUCUUGUGCACCAGUCUGUACAUUUAAAUACGUGUGUAGCUAAAUGCAGUAAGCCACAAAACUUGUAAAUCUACUGUAGCUCUCGUUUUAUAUUUAUAGUCAGACUCAAAGAGGCACGUCUUAGAGGCCCAAACAAAUGCAUUAUGUAUUUUGUAAAAUUGUAUUUCAAUUUUCUAAAGAUAAACGGAUUUAAAAAAC